GCAAGUCGCAACUGGCACAUCGAAAUACGCAUACAUACUUCUGGUAACAUUUCAACCUAAUAUUUGCAGACAAAGCUACAUGGCGUAUAUAGCAGUGAAAAGAUGUCCCUGACGGAGAGGGACCCACGGUCUGGUGAUGGCGCUACUGAGGAGACGAUUUCACCUUUGCGAGAUGGUGGUCGGGGUUGGUCUCAUCUGGCUCCUCGUCAUCUCCUUCCACCUGCUCAAGUCCAUGGAGAUACUACAGCACGCAAGACGAGACUUCGGCACGCCGGUUGAAGAUGUCGCUGAUGAUGACGACAGAAAAUUGCGGCAAAACAUGGCUAGAAUCGUUAAGGAUGUUGUGAUGAAUCGUAUAACAAGUGAACUAGAAUCAGAAAUGAGUGCUGCUGAGAGGAUAGCAGAAUGGAAGAGGGAGCACUUACUCAAGGCCAAGCACAAAGCCUUAGAAGAGAAAAGGGAUCGGUUAUUCGAAGUGGAAGAUAAGCUAUCACAAGGGAAGCAAGAUAAGCCUGUCGACGUAAAAAAUAAGAUAGCUGAUGGAAAACGGGAUAAUCCAGUCGACGUAAAACAUAAGAUAGCUGAUGAAAAACGGGAUAAUCCAGUCGACGUAGUAAACAAUAAGAUAGCUGAUAUAAAACGGGAUAAUCCAGUCGACGUAAAAAAUAAGAUAGCUGAUGGAAAACGGGAUAAUCCAGUCGACGUAAAAAAUAAGAUAGCUGAUGAAAAACGGGAUAAUCCAGUCGACGUAAAAAAUAAGAUAGCUGAUGGAAAACGGGAUAAUCCAGUCGACGUAAAAAAUAAGAUAGCUGAUGGAAAACGGGAUAACCCAGUUGAAGUAGAAGAUAAGCUAUCAGAUAAAAAGAGGCAUCAGCUAGUGAAAGUGGAAGACAAGCUAUCAGAUGGAAAGAAACAUCGGCUAGUCGAAAUUGAAGACAAGUUAUCAGACGGAAAGCGAGAUCAGCUAGUCGAAGAAGAAAAAUUAUCUAAUGAAAAGCUAGUGGAAGUGGAACACAAGCUACAUGACAGAAAACAAGAUCAACUAGUGCAAGUGGAACACAAGUCCUCAGAAGUAAACAGGGAUCAGUUACUCAAAGUAGAACGCAAGUCAUCAGAAGUGAACAAGGAUCAGUUACUCAAAGUAGAACGCAAGUCCUCAGAAGUGAACAGGGAUCAGUUACUCAAAGUAGAACACAAGUCCUCAGAAGGGAACAGGGAUCAGGUACUCAAAGUAGAAAAGAAGUAUCCAGAUGAGAAAAAGGAUCACUUGGCAAUGAUGGAUACUAACAUAGCUAAAUCAGGUUUAAAUAUACAGAGAAAUAACCUAAAUGAAAUUCGGCACCAAAGAGACGAGUUAAAAUAUGGUAAACUCCAAAAUAGAAAAGUUAAAGAGAAUACGUAUGUCAAACAAGUGGGCAACGAAAUCGACAAAGGCGUAGUCCACAUGAACCGGAUUAGACCGGCCGAGGCAAACGGCAUGUUGGAUGUAAAAAUGAAACCUGCCCAAGACGAUGUUAAUUAUCCUGGUAAGAACGGGACAGCUGUGGUGAUCGAGCGCCAGCGGUUGUCCCAGGCGGAUCGGGCCGCGUACGACAAUGGGUUCUCCCUGCACUCGUUCAACCAGUUCGUUAGCGAUAUGAUCCCGGUGGACCGAAGUGUACCCGACGACAGGGAGGAAGAAUGUAAACACAUCCAGUAUCCUGAGGAUUUGCUCGACACCAGUGUAAUCAUUUGUUUUCACAACGAGGCUUGGAGUGUGCUCCUGAGAACAGUCCAGAGUGUGAUAAACAAAUCUCCGCCCAGACUACUCAAAGAAAUAAUACUAGUCGAUGACUACUCCGAUUUAGAUUACCUGCGCACACCUUUGGACAAUUAUAUGGCACGACUGGGAGUGGUGAAAAUCAUUCAUGCAACAAAACGAUUGGGGCUGAUCCGUGCUCGUCUCCAGGGGGUGGCAGCAGCGACAGGGGCAGUUCUCACCUUUCUCGACUCGCACAUUGAAUGUCAGAAUGGUUGGCUGGAAGCGCUUCUGGCGCGGGUGUCGCUGGGAUGGAAGCACGUGGCCUGGCCCAACAUUCCGUCCAUUGACCAGAAAACGUUCGAGUUCAAGUACAUCUCGGCCAGAGACCAACAUAUCGGCGGCUUCUACUGGGACAUGGUCUUCCACUGGAUUGACGUCCCUGAGGAACAACGCAAACAUCAGACGUCUAUCAUUUCUCCACUCAGAUCGCCGACUAUGGCAGGAGGACUGUUUUCCAUUAAUAAAAAAUUCUUCGAAUACCUUGGUUCAUAUGAUCCAGGCAUGGAAAUCUGGGGAGCAGAAAACAUGGAACUUUCGUUUAAGAUUUGGAUGUGUGGUGGUAUAAUCGAAUCCGUGCCAUGUUCCAUCGUUGGUCACGUGUUCAGGACGCGCACGAAUCUGGCCGAGCUGAGAUCGGGGAAAGUUGUGCGGAGGAACACUGCUCGGAUGGUGGAAGUGUGGCUGGACGAAUAUAAAGAGUUCUAUUAUGAGAUGAUUAAUUUUAAUAAGAUGGACUACGGCGACGUGUCGGACAGACUGGCCCUACGACGACGUCUGAAUUGUAAGUCGUUCGACUGGUACAUGAAGAAUGUGAACCCCACUAUGUUUAUACCCUCGGAGGUCAUCGUUAAAGGCUCGGCAAUUUCAUACCGCGCACCUUAUGGAUGUCUAGCGAAGACGAGCAAAUUUGUGAGAAAGGCCAUGCUCGAGAUAAAGCCAUGUACAAACGGAGGUGGAUUGCAGAUGAUUUAUUUAACUAAACGUCACGAACUGCGGCACCAGUUUGUCUGUUUAGACAGCGGUGUCCGAGGAAAAUCAGAUUCUGUUGGCUUCUUUGACUGUCACCUCCGAAAGGGACCACAAGAAUGGCAUCACCGUCAGGAUAAAUCAAUAUACAAUCCAAUGAAAGACCGCUGUUUGGAAGCCGAUCAAAGAUUUUUUAUUGUGAAAUUAACUCGAUGUACAGGAAGAGACAAUCAAAAGUGGAAAUGGAAACUUGGCGGGAAAGAAAUGAUACCACAAAUCUGAUGCAACAACUCUAAAGCCUGGUUUACAUAAACUCUGUAAUGGACACAUAUCGACGCAGGCGAUCUGCAAAGUUGGACAGGUUUCAACUUCUCUUAUCCAUCUCCUAUCUGACAUAGAUGCGACGUGGAUGGUCUGUUGUUAUUAUUUGUUUCAAAUUAAAAAAAAAUAUUUUGCGUCAGUCUGCGUCAUCCUGCGUCGAUACGCGUCAGUCUACGUCAGUCUGUGUGUAUCUGCGUCAGUCUGCGUCAAUUUGUCUACCUGCAUCAAUCUACAUCAGUCUGCGUCGAUACGAGUCUGUGUUAAUCUGCGUCUACGUGCAUCAGUCUGCGCCAAUAUGCGUCGAUCUGCAUCAAUCUGCGACAGCCUGUAUAAACGUAUGCGUCAGUCUGUGUCGAUCUGCGUCAGUCUGCGCCAAUCUGCAUCAGUCUGCGUCAGUCUACAUCAGUCUGUGUCGAUGCGAGUCUGUGUCAAUCUGCAUCGACCUGGGUUAGUCUGCGCCAAUAUGCAUCAGUCUGUGUCGAUCUGCGACAGUCUGUAAAAACGUCUGCGUCAGUCUGCAUCUAUCUGCGACGAUGAGUAUAGGACUUUGUCGGGUCGCCAACGUGUUACAGAUUGUAAGGAAAAAGGUUUUUCUGUUUAGCGACACCAAUAGAGCACAUUGAUUGAUUCAUCAUUUGGCAAUUCUGAUAUAUAUAUAUAU